CACUAUUUCUCUUACUUCGACCUCCGACUCCGGCGCUUGUUCGGAUAGGCUUCAAGGUCUCUCAUAGAUUUCUCGUCUAUAGACUUUUAAAAUAAUAAACAAUGUCGCAUCUAGCACCAACUGGUAAAUGGGACGCAAGGUACAUCGGUCCUGUACCUCAUGACGCUACAUACUAUGCCAAGUGCAUGCUCGGUGGUGUUCUUGCAUGUGGUAUCACUCACGCCGGCCUCACACCUCUUGAUGUGGCCAAGUGUAACAUGCAGGUGAACCCUGCAAAGUACAAGGGCCUCACGUCUGGUCUUGCGACGCUCGUUCGCGAGGAGGGUCAGGCUGGUAUCUGGAAAGGCUUCGGUCCCACCUUUGUCGGUUACUCGCUACAAGGCAUGUUCAAGUACGGUCUCUAUGAAUUGUUCAAGGACCAGUAUAUGAACUUGGCUGGAGAGGAGCUUUCUAACAAAUACAAGCCCGCUAUCUGGCUUGCUGGUUCUGCAUCGGCAGAGGUCUUUGCCGACAUCGCCCUCUGUCCUCUCGAGAUGACCAAGGUCAAGAUCCAAACCAGCCCUACUGGCACAUUCCCCAUUUCAUUUGGUGCUGCCCUUGCGGAGAUGAGCAGGACGAAGGCUGAGACCCGCUACCCCUUCGGCUCCCUUGUUCCUCUAUGGUCUCGUCAGAUCCCCUACACCAUGGCCAAGUUCUGCUUCUAUGAGAAGAUCGUCCAGCUGUUCUACACUCACGUAUUCCCUGAGCCCAAAGAGACGUAUGCGAAGACCACUCAGCUUGGUGUCACUUUUGCUUCUGGUUAUCUAGCUGGUGUUGUCUGCGCUAUUGUCUCCCACCCGGCUGACACCGUAGUCUCCCUCAUGGGCAAGCCCGCCAACAAGGGCAAAAGCAUUGGAGCUAUCGCAUCAGAAACUGGGAUUGUCACACUUGCGACCAAGGGUCUCGGCACUCGUGUAUUGAUGAUUGGUACUCUCACUGGCUUCCAAUGGUGGAUCUACGACUCCUUCAAGGCAUCGAUGGGUCUCGGCACCACCGGUGGCAAGUAGACUAUACUUUUGUACACUGGCAGUUAGUGCCUGUAUGCCCUUUUUUAUUUACUCAUCUAAUUUGCUAUGACAUGAGGACGUAUAAUAGAUGUUCGCCCCUGGCGAUAUAUUACCCGGUUUAUUCCCUCUUGCUACCUCUACCUGGGACACUAUCGGUUUUUUUUCGACAUGCAAUAGAUCACGAUUGUGUUACGACCAAUACCAUACCAUCUUCAUCACACGUUCGAAUUAGCAGACCACCUGAGACAAAAGUUUCAAGGAUGAACGCUGUUGCUUCAAUAACUGUAUUCGAUCGAGAGAAUGAUUCGCAAGUAUAUCGGCUUCUGCGGUGCACAAA